GACAAGUCAAGGGCUCUGGCCAGAGUAACUAGAAAGGUGCAGCUGCCGCAUAUGGACACGGAAGAGCCAAAGAGAGGGACAGGUUUGGGGGAGAGACCAGGUCAUCCGUCUGCUGUGUGAUUCUAGGUGAGCAGGGAACAGGAAAGGCAAGCCUACGUUCUGGAUUGCUUUUGAAGUCUCUGACCCAGCCAUGCCUGUGCCGCUGCUCCCGCUGCUGCUUCGAAUGCUGCUGUCUCGCCUGCUGUUGCCUGCAGCCCGCAUGGCCCGCCAGCACCUCUUGCCCCUGCUGCGUCAACUGGCCCGCCGCCUGGGCUCCCAGGACAUUCGAGAGGCUUUGCUGGGCUGUCUGUUGUUCGUCCUCAGCCAGAGACACCCGCCAGAUGCUGGGGUGGCUUCCAGAGCAGCCAACCCUGAGAGGAGGGAGAGGCUAGCCCCGGAAAAAUGA